CGUAAAACAAAUUUUAUUAAAAACAAAAGUUUUUCUCCACAUCAUCGCAUUGAAGAUGAUUCAUUGCUAAUUUUUUAAUAAUGAUAUAAGAGACAUUACUAAUGAUGUUGUUUUUUUAGUUAACUUUCAUUUGUUUUAAUUCUUAUAUAUUUUUGUGAUUUUUUAAAGGUUUGUGUUUCAGUUUUAUAUUGAAUUUAGUUCGCAUAGUUUAUGUUUACAUAAUUUAUGCUUUAAAACAUAAUUUUCCUUUAAAAAAUUAAACUAAGAAGAACCUAAAUAAACUGAUCCAAAAAAUAAAUCCAACCGAACCGAAUACAAAUCAAACCGAAUAUAAACCGAACUGAACACAAACCGAAUCGAACCAAACCAAACUAACUAUGGUUUAUUUCAGUUGGAAAAAUACUAGAACCGAACUAACCUAACCGAACCCGAACUGAACCGAGAAAAUAACCGAAGUGCCCACCCUAAUUCCUAAGAGUAUAUAAUGGAGAGAGAACACAUACAUAUAUAUAUAUAUAGCUUAAUUAAUUUGCAAUAAAAAUACAAAUCAAUAUAGUUUAAGUUUAAGAAGAGAUAUAUAUGAAACAUUUAAUACAUGGUGUGUAUUAAUUAUCUUUAAGAAAUAUUAAACCAAAAUUUAUUAGAUUCUAAAGAAGAUAACAAUAGACAAUCGCAGAGAAUCUGGUAAAUAAAAUCUAUGAAACAUAUCUUGACUUGUUUUAGAUUUUAACUUUGUUAUUAAUUGGAAAAAAAAAACUAAAUUAGUUAGUAUAUAUUCAAAUACACAAUUAGCAAAACAAUUCCCUAACAUUGAUUCAUUAGCUUUCCUCUCACAAAUUUCAUUCAUUAAUCUUAUUCUCUGCUCUUUUUUGUUCUUACAACUCGAAUUUUCGUUCUAAUUAUAAUGAAGAGUGGUGAAGAUGAUCACUAUCCUUUGCGCAUGAAAAUAAAUUGGUCUAAUAUAUGUGAUAAAGUGACCAAAACUUUAGAGGACGCUAUGCUUAAAGCAAAGUCGUCUUCUUCUUCAUCACCACGUAUUCUCAAAUUUGAUCUUAAUGAACUUCCUCCUUCUGAUACAGAUGAUGAAGAGCAGGAUGAAGCAAAGAGAAGAGACCAUAAAGUUUCUAGUGGAGCUUCUUCUAGGUUUUGUAAUAAUUUUGACCUUAACAAGUCUCCAAAGGAAGAGCCACCAAACCACGACGAUCACAAGGUAACUCAGAACUCUCUAAACCCUAAACCUCUCAAGAAAAGGGGAAGAGGUAGUAGUGGUAGGUUGAAUAAAGCAAAGAAGCAAAGACUCAACGUUGCUUUGGAAGUAAAAGACGCGAUACUCAUCUUUGAGAAGACUUUGUCCGUGAGUGAUGUCAACCCAAACCAAAGCCGUUUCUUAAUCCCUUUCAAAAAGCUAAAAAGAAACGACUUCUUGACUCAAGAGGAAUCGAGUUUUUUAGAGCAAGAUGAAAACAAGAAGGGGAUGAAGAAGCCUGGAGUGGAAGCGCUUCUCGUGAACGAAAGGUCUCAAACGUGGAGUUUGGUUUUCAAGAGAUGGGUGAUGAAGAAGGAGAAGGACUCUCAAAACGGUUCGUUGAACUACGUUUUGAACCGUGGCUGGAACGACAUCGUUAAGGACAAUAAGUUGAAAGCCAACGAUAAGAUCAGUCUCUGGUCUUUUAGGUUCGAUGGAGUCCUCUGCUUUUCCCUAGUUACUCAUCCUUCCACCAUUAGCUCAUAGUAGCUCUUGUGCUAUCUCGUGAUUGUCUUUCUCUCUUUUUUGCAUGUGGUAAAUUUUGGUUUUUUUUUGUUAGGUUUGACAUUUUGUUUGAAAUUAUUUGUUUGGUUUUUUUUUCAUUGACAUCUUGUUUAAAUUCUUCUUCACUGUUGGUACGUAUAUGUUUAUUCGUCGUUUCUGCUUCCACAGACAUGAAUCUAUGUUGUUUUGUUUCGUUUUCAGAGUGAAUGAUCAUACAAAGGAAACACUCUUAGUAAAGUUUUAUUUUAACUAAAGAAGCUGCUAAGGGAAACAACUA